AUGUCGGGAGCCGGGGGCACUGUACUGCAUGCCCGCUGCUACUCUCAUGGGUCACAAGAAUCAGAUGAAGAAUUUGAUGCUCGCUGGGUGACAUAUUUCAACAAGCCAGAUAUUGAUGCCUGGGAGCUCAGGAAAGGCAUAAACACGCUUGUGGGUUAUGACCUGGUUCCGGAACCAAAAAUCAUCGAUGCAGCUCUGAGGGCAUGCAGACGGUUAAAUGACUUUGCCAGUGCUGUCCGCAUCUUAGAAGUUGUAAAGGACAAGGCAGGACCUCACAAGGAAAUCUAUCCUUACGUUAUCCAGGAACUUAGACCAACUUUGAGUGAACUGGGAAUCUCCACUCCAGAGGAGCUGGGCCUGGACAAAGCAUAAACCUUAUCGGUGCAUUACUCGAGCAUUUUACUG